AUGGCCACUGCUCCUGCGGUUACCAAGCUUCGCCAGCUCUUGGAGGAUGAGAGCAAGAUUAUCGUCUGUCCGGGCGUCUACGAUGGCUUUACCGCCCGAAUCGCCCUGCAGGAAGGGUUCGAUGCAUUGUACAUGACAGGAGCAGGCACCACGGCCUCGCGACUGGGGCAACCGGACCUGGGGGUUGUCACGCUGAACGAAAUGCGAGGGAAUGCUGAAAUGAUCGCCAACCUGGACCCGACAGUGCCGUUGAUUGCUGACGCUGACACGGGCUUCGGAGGAUCCCUCAUGGUCCACCGCACUGUCACCGAAUACAUCCGCGCCGGAGUCGCCGCCCUGCACCUGGAAGACCAGCCCACCAGCAAACGCUGCGGUCACUUGCGCAACAAGCAGCUCGUCCCCGAGGACGAGUAUUUGGACCGCAUCCAAGCCGCCGUGAAUGCUCGCGCCCGGUCCCAUGGCGAUAUUGUUCUGAUAGCUCGGACGGAUGCCCUCCAGUCGCUAGGCUAUGAGGCGGCCAUUUCCCGACUCAAGGGAGCCAUCGCCCUGGGGGCAGACGUGGCCUUCCUAGAAGGCAUCACGUCGACGGACCAAGCUCGACAGGUCUGUGAAGAGCUCAAGCCCACCCCCGUUCUCUUCAAUAACGUUCCUGGGGGUGUAUCCCCAGAUCUCUCGGUUCAGCAGGCGCAGGAGCUCGGAUUCCGGCUGAUCAUCUUCCCUGGGUUGGCAUUGGGAGCAGUCUACUCGGCGGUUCGUGGGGCGGUACAGCAGUUGAAGGAAACGGGCACGCAGGCUGUGCAACCGGGGGUAAGUCCGCGGGACUUGUUCAAUGUGGUGGGAUUGCAGGAGGCAGUGGCGCUGGAUUUGGCAUCGGGCGGGAGGUUAUAUGACAAGGGGGUUUGA